UUUUUAUCAGAGGUUGAGAAAAGAAAAGGCAAAAAAGAAGCAGACGCCACACCCAGACCACACACACGACCGCACGAAACCGCCCGAUCCCGAUGGCCGUCGACGGCGCCGAGCUGAUCCUCUCGGUGCCGGACGACGUCCUCGCCCUGAUCUCCGCCCACCUCCGCCCCCGCGACCUCCUCGCACUCUCCGCCGCCUCGCGCCGCCUCUACGCCGCCCUAUCCACCUCCGACAAGUCGUGGCUCGCCCAGUGCCGCCGCCUCCUCCCCUCCUCCCUGUCCAACCUCCUCGCCUGGCGGGCCGCCGCCGGGGGCUCCUCCCUCACCGUAUGCCGCUUCCUCCACUCCGUGUCCCCGCUCCAAGGCCUCUGGGCGCACCAGAACCCCGAGCUCGGCAACCUGGUCACCGCGCUCCCGGGCUUCUUUUCCCUCGUCGCCGUCCGCGCCAUCCCCCAGGAGCUCUCCCCGCGCCUCCUCUGGGCCCCCGUCUUCGAAAUCCUCGCCGACGCCGAUGGACGCCCCGCGUUCCUCUUCCUCCACGGCCACCACCCCGGCUCCCUCUUCCCCGGCCUCCUCGCCUCCGUCAACCCCCACGCCAACACACUCCUCCUCGAGGCGCACGCGCCUGCCUCCUCCGAGCCUUCCUCGCAGUUCUCCCGCCUCUCCUUCGGCAAUCGCCGCCGGCUGCUCGACGCUCUCGUGGCCUCGUGUCGCGUCACGCUCCCGCCGGAGCUCGCUGCGGCCCCGCUCUUUGCGCGCUCCGAUGAGGACCUGCCGAUGCUCGCCGCCCGUCGCGAGGCGAUGCUGCGUCUGCACAUUGAGUCCGGCGGGGGCAUGGUGCGCAGGCCGGAGCUCGAGGCGCUGCUGGGGGCCAAGAAGGUGCCGCCGUCGCUGCCGGUGGACAGCACUGGUGAGAGGGUGCGGCUGCGGAGGAGUCUCUCUGCGAUGGCUGGGUACGUCAGGGACGGGCUGCGGCAGAUGGUGACGCGCUCUGCAUCAGCCAAUUCGAGGUCGGAGUACGCGGACAGCAAGCAUCUGUCAUUGGACGAGUUCUUGCGCGCUAGUGAGAGCACCGGCCUGAGCCUCCGGGGCGCGCGGCUGCGGCUGUCGACCUACCGUGCGUGGCCGAGCAUGCACGACAACAGGUUUGCGCUCUACAAGUUGACGACGCAGGUGCCCAUGCCCGGCCGGGAAUAUGCCGGGCUGUGGCGAGGCACAUUCGGGUGGCCUCCGGGGCGGCCAGACGACGAGGGCAAACCAGGGAAGGCUCUCUUCUUCCUGCUCCUCUCAUACGAGGAAGACAGCGAGGGGAAGCUUCUUCUGAUUGCAACCAAGGUGUUGGAGGGCACGCACUAUGUCGUGCAUCCGAAUGGGUCGUCCAUGUUUGUGGUGCGGGUGGGCGAAUCAUCAACAGAGGCAUUUCCAUUUCCGACCGAUGAGGAUUCCCGCAGUGUGAGCAUUGAGAGAUGCUUUGCUGGAGAGGGCAUUGCUACUGGGUAUGGGUUCAGGUACCCUGGCUCAAAGCCCGGGUCACUGUUUGUUCUCAGGGAUGGCCGGCUCGCCUUUGUUUGGAGAGACAACAAGUCUGUGCUCACCUUGCAAAGGCUCAACUUGGAGGAGUUGCUGAGGAAGGGGGAGCGUGUGCCAACAUUGCCACCGAUACCGAACUUCGCGUAUCUCACAAAGUCUUACUCCAAUGUGUUUGUUGCUAUCCAUGGAAGUCCCAGCUGCUCAUCUUCUCCCAGGUGAAAGGCGCAAGUUGAGGGUCAGGAACUGAGACAAUCCACCUGAGGCAGAGGUAAAGCGAGCAAUGCUUCUGGAUCAAGCUCUGACGUUCCUCCUUGGCAGGUUACAUACCGAAGCCUGCUUGCAAUGAUAUGAUGCCCCGUUGCUGCCAAGGGAAGAAGCGUAGCAGUAGUCAGAAAUAUAGUAUCCUCAAGGAAGUGCCACCUUCCCUAAGAAUACAGGAAAUGGCAUCGAUAUACAUAACUGUAUGUCCUUAUCUUGGUUAUUUGCAUGAUUCUACUUUAAAAAUUGUCCACAUUUAAAAGGAACGAGCUGCCUGUCAUUCAGCACCAGGCCCUUGCUUCAAGUGCAAAAAUGGCGCCAAUUGUAAUGAGAUUGAUUUUUUUUAGAAGUAUACAUGGUUGAGUGAGAUUCUCGGCUGGCACAGCUAUAUGAAACUGCCAUGACUGAUCUCACAGAACCAGCUCAUUUGUGUAUUACAUUAUGUGCCUAGUGCAGUUGUUUAUCUUCAAAAACUA